AUGGAUACAAAAUUUUCUAAUCUAGUAGCAACUGAUCCUAAUUUAGGUCUUAUUGUAACUCAUCGUAUCCCUCUUUCGUCAUUCACAUUCGAAAAUAUUAUUAAUACAUCUCAUGAAGAAUUUAUUCUUGAUCUUAGUCAACAACCAACAACAGAAACAAUAAAUAAAGAUCAAUCAAUUUAUAUAUCAAACAAUUAUCAUACAUAUGAACUUGAACGUUGUUUAAAUUCAUCUCGAUUAAAUUCAUUAAAUUUUCUUUGGUCAAAAUAUUUAUCAAGUAUUGAUAAACAAUCUUUUGAUCAUUAUUUAGUAUCGAUUGAAUCUGAUUUUGAUAUUGAUAUGAAACGUGAAUAUUGUUAUGAUAUACAACGUGAUUUAUAUUGGUUAACACAAAUACAAUUAAUAUCACAUAGUUUACUUCUUUUACAUUAUGUUCGUUUACCUGAUGAUGAUACAUCAAAUGAUUUUUGGGCUUAUAUUUAUGAACAACGUUGUCAUUCAAUUGGAUGA